AUGAGGUCCUCUAUCACGACCACUACCACUACCCCAGUCUUGUUGCUAUUUUUAUUAUUACUUUUGCUGUUCGUCUCUCAUACACCGCAGAGGGUCGAGGGUCGCAGGCGCAUCAUUGUAGACGUCGAGGGAACUGUUGAGGAUUACGCCGCGCUUACAACAAUUGCACAAAGCCCCGUUCUCCGCAAUCAACUCGAACUCGUCACUGUCGCCGGCCUCACGUGGGGCCACGCUACGACAGUCGCCCGCAACGUCCGCCGGUUUCUCGCGCUCGCCCACCUUGACGACGUUGUCGUUUCCAUCGGCGCACGUACCGCUGCGGUGGACGCGUACGACGACGUGCGGGUUCGCGGUGGAUGUUCCCGCAGCGGCGGAUUCCCCGCCACUCCGCACGACGCAAGGCAGCGAGGGAUGAAAUACUCACGUGCAGACGUUACAAACUCAUUCGGUGCGGCCUAUUCCCUUCCACUACACUCAUACAAUAUUCAGGUGAACGCUUCAGAGGCGCUUUACCAUGUUGUCAGUUCAAUGGCACUUAGUGAUACCCUAACGUAUCUCGCGUUUGCUGGCACCUCUAAUGUGGCAGCAGCAUUGAAUUACAUAACGCAGCACGAUCCUAGGAAACUACAGCAAUUCCGUCAGGUAACUAUGGUGCAUAUAUUUGAAAAGGGAUACAGUUUAGCUGUGGAUAAUGUGAGUACAGAGCAGUUGCUAGGGGAUCCUUUAUUGCAAUGCACUAUAUAUUUACCUUCUUUUUAUGAUCCUGCUGUUACAUUUUCCUUUAGUACAUGGAAUCAAUUAACUACUUUGGCGAAAUGGUCAGGGACAUCCGUAGCAGUCCAAUGGCUGUACAAUGCAUGGGCAUCGAAGAAGGAAUUUAUGGAGUCUCGAGAUUAUAAUGUUACUGGCGAUGAUCCAAUUAUGACAUUUUUCAGAGAGCGCGGCCCAGCGAGUAGUCUUGUAACAUUAUGCGCCCUCGAGGCCACUCUGCAAACAAAUUGCUUCAAAUACCGCACAUCAUUGUCAAAAAUUUCCAUUCAAUCCAAGGCCCCUUCAGAAACCACAACAGAAGGUACCGAAUCCCACUUCAUCUCUGGAAAUAAUGUGACUUGGCCCAUAUAUCUUUUGGCGACACCAGGAAAUAGUGAUGGCGCUACAAGAUUCAUUUUUUCACAAUCUGCAGAUGUUCCGAAGCCAGCAGGUAGUACUCCACUCGUGAAGGUUUUUUGGUCCACAUGGUUAGGCCUUCUUCAAGACUAG